UACAAAGUCAUAGAAAGCAUGCAUUCAAAGUCAGAAACAUACAAAGUAAUAAGUGUACAAAGUCAGGAAUGAACAAAAAUCCCUUAAUCAUAGGGAUUUUUGUUUGACUAUCAUCUCACCCUUUGUAGUAUAAAAUGAAUGAUUGUAAAUCAAACAAUAUCAAGAAAUACAAUUACAAUCUUUAGCUUCUCUUUCUCUAUGCAUUAUGAUAAUACAAUGUUUCAACAUGGUAUCAGAGCAGGUUUAACCAUAGGAACUCAGAAACGAAUCAUCAUCGUUCAUAAUCCAAAACCAAAACAUUCCUAGCCAAUUCAAAUCAGUUUGUGGAGAAAAUCACCGGCGACAGUUUCGAUCCCAAUUUCCCCCAAAUUUCAUCACCAGACUCUCAAUCCCCAUUUUACGAUGCCUCUGACAAGGGAGCAGUACCUCUACAUGGCGAAGCUGGCGGAGCAAGCCGAGCGCUACGAGGAGAUGGUCCUGUACAUGGAUAGCCUCGUGGCCUGCGCCGCCGGCUCCGAGCUCAACGUGGAGGAGCGCAACCUCCUCUCCGUCGCCUACAAGAACGUCAUCGGCUCUCUGCGAGCGGCGUGGCGCAUCGUCUCCUCCAUCGAGCAGAAGGAGGAGGGCCGCAAGAACGACGACCACGUCCCGCUCGUCAAGGACUACAGAUCUAAGGUCGAGGCCGAGCUCUCGCAGGUCUGCGCCGGAAUCCUCAAACUCCUCGCCGAUUAUUUGAUCCCGUCGGCUGCUUCCAGCGAGUCCAAGGUCUUCUACUUGAAGAUGAAGGGAGAUUAUUAUAGGUAUCUAGCGGAGUUUAAGGCUGGAAAUGACCGCAAAGACGCGGCUGCUGGCGCCUCUGCCGGCAUUAAUGGCCGAACAACCGAGAAAAAUCAUGAAGGUGGAACCAAGGGAGAGAAAGAGGCGUGUGGAAUUGGUCAAAAGGAGAAAGAGGCGCAUGAUUUAGGUAUAGGGUUUGAUGAUUAUUCAUCAAACCCUCCCACUUUUCCAUUAUCUCAUUUUCAGUCCCCUAUUUUCCGUAAAUUACAAAAGAAACCCCAUUUUUUUGAGUCUAGUCCCUCAAGUUUAUGGAAAUCCCAGAAUGAACCCCAUGUUAUUAAAAACAGCCACACAGUUAUACCCAACUCAAUUUUUGACCCUAAACUAUGUCAAAAUUCGAAAAUAACCCCUACUGCAUGUCAAGUGUCAAAUAAACAAGUCAGUAGAAAAACAAAUUGGAUUUUUGAUUGUGGAGCUACAGACACUAUGACUUUUGACAAAUCAGAUAUACUUGAGUCAUCAAAAUCCUUUAGAACUCAUGUACAAACUGCUAAUGUGGUUGAAGAAGAAGAACAGGAAGUACAGGAGGAGCAUACCAUGGGUGCAGACAAUGAGAGAUAUGUGUUACCCCCUAGAAGUACUCGAGGAAUUCCUCCUAAACGUUAUUCACCAGAAAAGUUUGGGAAGAACUCUCGGUAUUCUAUUGGGGGUAUCGCCAAAGGGAACCUAUCCAAAACUGCCGCUGCCUAUGAAGUAGCUUUGUAUGACGAAGAGAUCCCAAAGAAUGCGGAACAGGCCAUAAAGAUUCCACAUUGGAGAGAUGCCAUGAAGAAAGAAAUAAGUGCAUUGAAUCGAAACCAUACAUGGGAGAAGUGUAGACUACCAAAGGGGAAGAAAACUGUAGGAUGCAAAUGGGUCUUCACAAUCAAAAGGAGACCGGAUGGAUCUAUUGAGCGUUACAAGGCUCGAUUGGUCGCAAAAGGAUACACACAGAUGUAUGGGAUCGACUACGAGGAGACCUUCUCACCUGUUGCAAAGAUGAACACUGUCAGAGUGCUCCUCUCAAUUGCUGCUAAUAAAGACUGGGAUCUUCAUCAUCUCCCAGAGCCUGGUUUGGGAGAUUCACAGCAGCUAUGA